AUGGCGAUGAUGCAGGAGCAUAAAUCUUUCUUGAUCAGAGAUCUUCUGGGGGAUGUAUUGGCUGACCGAGUUCAAGAAGACUCGGAGAACGAUUCGAUGGUCCAUUCGGAUUCCGAAGACACUAUCGAUCCUGGCAGCAGCCCUUGCACGCGUCUAGGAAGUCCUCCACCGGCAUUUUCACCAUCGCCCGGUUUGGCAACCACAUCUGGGAAAUCUUGUGGGGUGAUGGUCAAUAGCGCACCACCAACUAGCAGGAAACCACGAAGACGACGAACCGCUUUUACUCACGCUCAGUUGGCUUAUCUCGAAAGGAAGUUCCGUUGUCAAAAAUAUCUCAGUGUAGCGGACCGCAGCGACGUCGCGGACGCUUUAUCGCUCUCAGAGACCCAAGUAAAAACUUGGUACCAAAAUAGAAGGACGAAGUGGAAACGGCAGAAUCAAUUACGAUUAGAGCAGUUGCGUCAUCAAGCUACUGUUGAGAAAGAUCUUCUGGUACGUAGCGUGGGUCUUCAUCACAGCAGCAUGGAUGCUUAUUGUUCACCAUAUAACUCACAAACGCAAACCAGUCAUCCGCCACCACCGCCGCCGCCAUCGUCAGCAGCAUCCACUGCUUCUACGGCAGCGUUUCUCUCGACAGCGGCCGCACUCUUCCGCAACGUCACCUAUGUCCCUGGCUGUCCCCUCUAACACGUGUAAUCUUGAAGAUCUCAAGAUUAUUUCUGAAUCAGAACGAGCAAUUUAACUCAGAGAUCUGAAGAAACAUUUCGACGAACUACUUGUGCCGUGAGUGCUAAGCUAACUCAGUGUUUCUAAAAACUUUGAUUCA